UGUUAAUAAAAAAAAUCGUCAAAGUUAGUACCAACUCGUAUUUAUUUUCGUUCUAUAUUGAUAGUGUGCCAUAUAAAGUUGGAUCCCACAAGCAUGGAAAGCAAAAAGGCCUACCAAAACAGCACGGUUACUCCAAGUAACGAACUUCCCCUAGAUCCGAUCCCCAAACAUGCUCACCAACACAACACAGCCCCCCAACACCUAAGACUCCUCCAAUACGGUUUAAAAAUCCCUAACCACCAAAAUGCGCACCAACAGCUUCUACACGUGCACCAGCACAACUCCCAGCUACAAUACCGCCACCUCCAACCCUCCCCUCAAUUCAACAACAUCAACAUUCACUCCAAUCCUGUACUACUCCACAACACAACCCCCAAAUACGGCCAUAUGCACCAGCAGAAACCGAACAACCAGGCUUUGUAUCAAGCAACGCAACCUCCACCCCCUGCUGUCCACCCCUAUAAUCAAAUGACACAAAACACCCCGCAAAUAUGGGUUCCACACCAACCUCCAAUUCACUACCACCAACAACAACAACAGCAAAGUAAUAACGUUACUCCUCCACAAGCCCCUCCUAAAUCCAAAGAAGUGCUGGAGAGAAAAAAGUCCAGCAACACUCAAUUAAGGUCUCCCUCCGCUAAAAGGCCUCUGGAGGCUCCUGUUACAAUACAGGGAUGGCUUCACAAGCAGGGUUCCGAAGGACUGAUGUUGUGGAAAAGACGCUGGUUCGUACUUUCCGAAUAUUGCCUGUUCUACUAUAAAGGUCCCGAGGAGGAAAAAUUGCUGGGUUCAAUUUUGCUUCCGUCUUACAAAGUGUCCGUGUGUGGUCCCGAGGAUAAAGUCAAUAAAAAAUUCUCUUUCAAAUGCGAACACGCUAAUAUGCGAACAUACAUAUUAGCCGCCGAUUCGCAGGAACUAAUGAGUCAAUGGAUUAAAGUGCUUAAUUUAGCUUGUAAUUUACAAAAUAAUAUCGAGAAUGAGCAGACAACAAACGCAGUACAAAUGCAACUUAAUGCAACUGAUAACGAAGAGUCAAUUUAUCACCACAAUUCGCGAAUCACGCCUGUACAUACGCAUACAUCCAGCAACACGACUAACUUAAGCAACCCUAGUCAGCAAGAGCUCAGUCAGUAUAACCAACCUUUGUACGCUAACGCCCCUCCGAAGCCUAGGAGGUUGAACGAGGCUGGCGGCUACUCGUCCCCGAGCCCCGAUAUUUUGGACAGAUACCCUACAAACCAACAGUACAUGCAGUGUAGAAGCAUUGCGAAAUCCCCUGUUAGUAUAUAUGGACAUACGAUGCUAACGCCUAAUCCUAACGAGUACGUGUUCACCCCAACCCCGCAGAAUUCCGAGCGGCGAACCCCCGACACGUACGGGCGUUCGCAGUUGGCCACCAAACCCCGCGGUACUGACUAUGAGGAUGUGUAUGCGGAUCAAAGCAUGUAUAAACGCCCCUUAAGCCCCAUAGCAUACAGCCAUAUCAAUGUGAUCAAGAAAAACACUCCUACUGUCAAUCCAGCUUACAGGGCCUAUACGCCGGUGAACAUGGAGCAUUACCCUCCUCCGCAAAUACGAAAAUCGCCUGUCACCAUAGCGCGACCGCAUAGCGCGGAUUUUUUGGAGUACGAAAGCAACCACAGACAAACCGCGAUACCCACGGCGCGGCCCAAGUCAAGUUUAGAUAUUAACCGAAACGAUAGCGAUAACUACUUUUACACCGAGGAGCGAUACGCGGAGAAGAUGCGCAAGUCCGCACAAUAUCUGCAGAAAGCGCCUCAGAUGAGGUAUCAACAACCGGCCAAAAGGUAUCCAGAAAAUCCUUUGAUGAGGUCCAAUACGCAGCCAAUUAAUUUUAACCACAUGCCAGUUACUGCACCCACUCCUUCAGCGAUGCAACCUGUUAGAAGUAGAAGCGUAUUAAGCGAGGGGUCUUUAUCGAAAGAGUUAGAUAUAGAUUUAAGGUCGAGCCCUAGCAAUAAAUUAGAUAGAGAUUCGGUGUCGCCAGGGUUCUCCACUAGGCAAGAAAUGUACAAUUAUGCUCAAAAUAUGAGGAAUAGGGAGUAUGAUCAGUUUACAAGGUCGGCUAGCGCUAGGCUAGCUCAGAAUCCUUCAUCGCAAGGAGAGGGGUACUUCGAUGACAGGCCGCAAACAAGAGAAGGCGAUAGAAAGAGAGAAGAAUCGAUGAAGCGGCUUUUAGAAUGGAAGCAGAGAAUGUUGCAAUCGCCAUUAAAUAGAAAGGUGCAAGGGAGUAGAGCAUAUACAGGGCGUAAUACCGAGUAUUACCAUGAAAAUGGUUAUAUGCCUCAGAGACCGGAAGCUUGCGCUGACGGCAGACGAUCCGCAAAUCUUCCGCAGUACAACAGUUAUUCUUCCGAUGAUGAAGAAAAUGAGGACAGAAGCAAGGAAACUGUGCACACACAGGCAGGACGGACCUUGGACACAUUUCCGACUAUUUCUGAGUCACAAUCACCUGCACAAACCACCUCUACCACUGUACUUAAUUCCCUUGGCAAACCUGACGAGUUUAUCACAUCCUCACACCUAACGCACACUUCUUCCCCCGUUGAAACCCUUACAAAACCCUUAAAGCAAUUCAACAAGGAAUCGUCGAACCUUGCCCACGUCUCCAGCCUGAGAUCCGAGUAUUCGGAAAAAUUCGAACAAAGUCCUACGGUUAUCGAGAUCAAAAGCAACGGUGCACUGGUCAAGUCAAUUUUGGCGGAGUUCGAAAAAAAGACUGAAAUCGAAAAGUCUGUAUCCUCAAGCGAAUUAGAAAUAACUACGGAAGAGAACUAUAUGACGAUGACUGCCAGUAAAGCCAUACUAGGACCUAGAAAUAGCAAUAAUAGUGAUGCCACGGUCAUUUUUAAUGAUCCCGAAGAAAACCCCUAUGUUGAAAUGAGCCAAAAUUUAAGCUUGUUAGCCGGAUCGCUUAAUAUGGACCCAAACGAACAACAGCCAUAUGAAUUAAUAUGCUUUAAUGAAGGUACUUUUGAACCUGUUUAUAUGGAGCUGAAACAUCCACUUAGCGUCCCGACGAAAAAAGAACCAAAAGAGCUCCCCGACAUUCUAAUGUCACCCAGAAGCAAAUCUGACAGUUCAGAUGCUGACGAUGAAGCCUCAAAGGAUCUAGAUUCCUUAGACACGCCGAGUCGGUCGAGAUUUAGCUUAUCUGACACUUUCAGGCCGGCUUCUUACUACCUAGGUGCCAGCCAUACGGUUCCAGAGUUUCAGGACAGUUCCGACAGCGAACUUGUGUCGCCACCACCUAUACCGAGCUCGCCUCCACCUGACGAUGAGGAAAACGCUGAGUUACGGAACAAAGAGAAAAAAGACGAAACAUACGGGUUCUCAGUGCAAGUUAAUAGAAAUUCAGAUCAGUUCUUUAAUAGUGCCAAUACACAUUUGUUCAAUAGUACUGCCAAGUACAUGAAGGGCAGCACGCAGUCUUUGGACACCAAGAAAUGUUUUACAAGUAUCAGUAAGGACCCUGAAACGUCAUCUGUAGGCAGUAUGACUAUAGAAACAGAAAGACGAUACAGCAGUCGGUUAUCGCACAAUAGCGACUCAGAUAUCGAAUUAAGAAUGCCGAGAAUAAAAGAGUACGAGAUGAUGUUAAAACGGCGCCCUGUGUCGGAGGAAUGUUGCAGUGAAUUGGAAUCCAUGGAUGGCACUUUUGACACAAACGAGACGGUAGACCUGGACCAAUAUCUAAAAGACCUACAAAUAAGCAACAUAAGUUUGGCUAGCAAUGAUGAUGGCAAUGAGUUUGGCUUGAAAACUCACGAUUACGAGAACUUAUUUAUAAGCAAUUUACCGAAGAAAAUCGAGAAAAGUACGCCGGUGCAUUCCUAUUCGAUAAAAAGUCCUUCGACAAGCCACGCACCGUCGACUGAAGAUCGGCCAAUUUUAUCCGAAGAUUAUGUUUUAAGAGCAAGACCUGAAAGUAGUGCUUCCACAUCGGCGGAAAUAUGCGUACUAUUAAGAAACUCAAAUUGUUCCACGCCGAGUAUAAGAAUUGAUAGCUCGAUGAGCACGCAAGAGUUGCCAACAGUUUCCUCUUACUUUUCCGAUAGACGCGAUAAAUCAUCGAACUCGUCAUUUAGCCAACCAGCGGCGCCUUACUAUUACUCCGAUCUAUCUGUCAACACUUCCAACAAUGAGUGCACAUCGAGUAUACUCACAUUAAACAAUCAACGAGGCGCAAUGAAUGGCAGCAAAAAAGACAUAACACACAUUGUGAACCCUUUAAAAUGUAAUAGCCAAACUUUAAACACAAGUGAAAAUGAAGGUGUUACUUUUAAGUUAGCCGUCGAAGCAAGAUCUGUAUCAGUGGACUUUUUGAACUUAACCGAUAAGUCGGGACACAUCGACAAGAAAAAUAUAUACGAAUCAGACACGUUGAAACGGCAAAAAAUAUCAGACGCAGGCCCAGCAGCCAGGAAUUUCUAUCCAAUCCGUAAAAACGACAAGUUCAAUUCCAAUAGUGAUGUUAUCGAUACUGAAUGUAAUGUUAGAAGGAGUCACUCUUUGGAGGGACUUUUGGAGAACGUUCUGAGUGAUACUAUGGAGAGUAAUGCAGCUAAUAACGAGACCAAUGCUUCUGAGGGGAGUUAUUUGUGGGAGGAGGAUUCAAUAUGGCGCGAGAGACUGCGAACGGCUAGUCAACGACACACCAAAUCCAUGGAGGACUUGGAUUGUAUCGAGGACAAUAAAAAACCACAAAAGAAAACACCAAGAGGUAUAACCAGAGGCGUUGUUUACGUUAAUGAUAACUUCUUCAACAUGCCCAUACAAGAUAAAUUGCAGCAAAAAGGUAACAAACCUAAUGAGAUUAAAAAAGAAGGCAGUUUUAUUAUAGACCGCGAAAAAUUAAGGCAAUGGGACUUACUAUCCAGCGCACCCUCAGAAGAUCAAUUAUCCACCGUUGCCAACUCUCAGGUCCAACAAGGCAACAGUGCUGUGGUAGAGGUAGGUGCUGAAAAUGAGACUGUACCAGAUACCACCCAGAAGCCAGCCUCAGGUAGUAUUUCAUUGAACACAAGAGAUACCUUCCCAAGAUCCGGACAAUCGAAAAGAAUGUGGACCCCAACGCAAAAUUUACAGGCGAGAUCCGUAACGAACUUACAUAGAAAUGAAGCUGAUCAAUAUAUGUCUCAGCCGCAGGGUUAUUAUAAUCCAGCUAAUCAACACGAACCGGAUAUCUCUUUUGCAUCUAAAAAAGAAAACUGGCAGGGUAAUGAUAGUAAAAUGAACGUAUCCGCGGGCGAAUUACUAGGCAGAACGCAUGAGGAGUUAGUUUUACUUUUGAUACAACUGCGCAGACAAAACGCGCAGACUUUACAAGCCAUUGAAAAUAGUUACAAUGAAAUUGAUACCAUACAGGCACAACUGCAUCUUAUGGAUCAACAAAAAAGACUGGAGAAUCUACAAAAGUUGGAGCAAAUUAAGCAACAUUUAAUCGAGCUUGAAAAGCAAUACGAAAAGGGUAAACCCUUGGUAAAUUUAGUGGAUAACAUGGUUAAAUUAGGUUCUUUAUAUCGCGUACCAAAUGAUAACAAUAUCAAUCCAUAUAUAAGGGAUAGAUUAGAGUUCAAUCAGCAGAUACAGGAGCGCAGAUUGUUGGCUGAAGAGAAACGUGAUUGGAAUAGAAUAACGCCCAAUCACUAUCAGUUGCAGGAAAAAGUGCAACAAUUAUACCAACUGGAUAGACUUAUCCACGAGGAGUCAGGAACGUUGCAAAAUCUUCAGCAAGACAAGGAAGAUAUUGAAAGGGCUUUAGGAGGCUUAAGAAUGAGGAUUAAUAAGGGAUUUAACGAUCCCGCCGAGGUGGAACAAGCUAGAAAGCAGCAAAUAAUGUUGGAGAACGAAUUGAGUCGAGUACAUUUUAUGCUAGCACAAAACUCGAAGAAAUUGGAGGAAACUGUGGCCGGUAACGCUCGGUUGGAGCAAGAACUUCUCGUCCUCAAGCAAAAAUUGCAGACUUCCAGGCAAAACCGCAGUUCGCCCCAAUUUUCCAACGCAGGUGAUAGCUUGCCUUGCGUUGUCGGUACAAAUGUUAUGUUAGAGUCGGAUUUACAUAGGGUUCAAAAGAAAAUCGGCGAUCUGCAAAAGCAACGCCAAGAGCUCAGCAUGCAAGUCAGGCAGCUGACGGACAAGUCGAGCAAUUCGCAGAAAUCCACCAACAAUAUACACAAUCUACAAUCUUUAGGUAACAAGAAAAAAGUGACAUCGUGUUGGAGGGAGACCGAUUUAGACACAAUGUCGAUCGUUGAUCACGGGGAAUCGUGGGAAAACAUGACAUCAACACCUACGACACCUCUAUACAUCAACACUGACAUAAAACAAAACCCUGACGACUACUAUAAUCGCGUGAUGAAGUCCAGCGAUUCGACGAGCGACGAUACUACGCAGCACUCCAACGUUACGCAGGAAAAGCAGGAAAUAAAGACGGUGAGGAUUGUGAAACGCGAAUCGGAGAGAAGACAGAGAGACAGGGAGAAGGUAACCAGCACGAGCAAAUGGGAUGCUUUGCUUGAAGAAGACGAUUCCUCGCAGAGUUCGAGCAUAUUAUUCCGACCCACGCCUGUACAAAAAACGUCCACCCUGGCUUAUCAGGAAUACGAAGAGAAUUGUGGAUUGGCGCUCCAAAAUUCACUAUCGAGUCCCAGCUUGCCUCAAUUUAAUGACAAUAAAAGUGUUAAUGUUAAUAGCACUGAAAGAUCGCCAGAAUUAUCGCCUAUAUUUAAGAGUGAAGCCGCGAGGCAAAUAAUCACCGAAAUGUCCAUACAGGAAACCCCCAAGAAAACGAACAGAAGGGCCGUACCGAAAGAAAAACGCAGACAUUACACAGCCCCUCACAACAAUUUAAUAAUGAAAAGCCUAAAUCAACUGCCUACUGACGAUAACGCCUUUGACAAAAUGAUUUUGAACACGAGACGAGCUCGCGAUGAUUUGGACAUGGAAAGAGCUCUAAGGCAACGAAUUGAUGCCCCAGAUGUGGUUCGGUCCACGUUAGGCAACAAAGAGUUAAAAUACAACGAAAGCACCAUAGAUAACAUACUAGGCACCCCGAACAAGAUCAAUAUACCCGAGCGGUACAUCCCCGAGCAACUUCCACAACUGAGUGCUGAAGAACAAGAACAAAGGCUGCGAAAGGUGGAGUCCAUCAAGAAAAUGCUUUCAGAUACAGCUAUAAUAAGCGGCACUUCGACUAACGCCACAGAUGACAAGCCCUUUGAAAACACUCAAAACAUCAUAACAAACAAAGCCACAACAAAAAUGAUCGAAGAGAAAAAACAAAGGGAACACCUAUUGCAACUCAAUCAGAUCUUGGCCAAACAAGUAAUGGAAAUGAGUAAAAUCGUCGCAGGUAACAACGUUCCAGAUGAAAAUUAAUUGAUUUGGCUUGCAGUGUGCUAUUGAAUGAUGAAGGUGUGUUAUUUUUUAUUUAUUUUUUGAGUGAAGGCCUUGCAAAAACUGCCCCUUCAGCCGCACCAAAUGAGCACGGAGGAUGAGGAUUCCUCGCCAAUAACGCCAUUGCCUCUCUACCAGCAACGUGAUAACUUUUACAGUUAAAUUUUUUGUUGGUUGUACAAAAUUCAAAGGUUGUGUUCAAAGUUUGGCCUAUUGUACGUUUGAAAUAUAUUUGUUGCUGUUAGACAUUUAUAUUUGAAAGUUAGUGCCAGACAAUAAGUAUUAUAGUUAUAUUUUGUAAAUUAUUAUUUGUGUACAAUUUAUUUAAGGUAUUGUUAUUUUAUGCUCAAGGUGUAAAUUGUAUAUAAUUUAUUUGAUUUUAUUUAUAGGGUGAUGGUUUACCUAACCAUGCAUUCUAGGUAUACAAGAUUUUUUUUAUAUGUAACGCGUAUAAAAUUUGAUUUUAUUUAUUUUAAGUUUUUUUUAUAGAGCUCAGAUGUUCACACGAAAAUAUUUAAAUAUUUUUAGACUAAAUUGUUUUGACUGUUACCAAUGUUUUUAUUAACAUUGUGAUUUUGCAUGUAUAUAAAUAAAAUAUUUAUUAAAAAGAAUUAAAAUGUCAAUUUGCAUUUUAUUGAAAUAAAUUGUUUAAUAGUUUUAUGUGAACGUCUUUUAACAGAAAAAUCCGAAUUUUACGAAAAAUAGUGAUUGAUUAUAAAUUAUUUACCGCCAUUUUAAAUAAAGCUUUUGUAAAAAUGUACCCAUACAGUAGAACAUUAUAAUAUAUAACAAAUAAAUAAUCAUAAAAUAUAUACUGGUGUAUGUUGGUCCUUCCUUUGACAAAAAAACUAGAUAUUGAAUACAACUUUUAUUUAAAUAUAUACAAUCGUAUUUAAAAUAUUACAAAUAAAUAAUUUAAAACGUUUACACAUAAGUAAAUAAAACUAAAUUAUUGCCUUUUUAAUAAAUAAUUUCGAAAAAUAAGCCUAUUAUAAAAAUACUCAUAAGAUAUUACAAUAAACUGCUUUGAAUAAGUGUCAAUGCUUUUCGAAGCUAAUAAGUUAGUAGAUUUAAGUAGAAUUUUGCGAUUUUGUGUAAAUAUCACUCAUUUUAAGGUUGAACUUGUGCACCAAAUUAAGAUGGUGGAAUGCAAAUCAACUGUGCCGAAUAAAUUUCAUAAAGUUCAUGCACAUGAAGAAUUAGUAAAAAAAUGUGUGUGUUACACAUACUUUGGUGCAAAAUUUUUUCAAUAAUUUUAUUUAAGAAUCAACAACUAUAGGUAAUAUUUACAAGUAGACUAAACACAAUGACAUAUCAUUGCUUAAAAUAUGGCAAAUAUUUAGAAUUGUAAUUAAAUGGACCAUCUAUCGAGUUGGCAACUAUGGAAGCCUGCUUAAACUAUAUUAAAAACCUGACUAGUAAAAAAAAUAAAAAAUCAUACUUUUCCUAAAUAUAUAUUAUUUACCAGCUUUAGCAAACAUAUUUUCAUAGUCCAGACAAACAUGGCAAUAAGUUUACGACAACAUUUUGGUGGUGUAUAGUGGGUGCCAUCGAUAUUAGACGUAUGGUUUGACUGAAAUAUUUUGAAAAAUAAAUAGCAUAAAUAAUUAUUGUAUUAAUAUAAAAGAUGCCUGUAUUGCACAUACCUAUAAACAAACCCUUGGAGUGAAUUUUAAGAAAAAAAUCUAGUGUAAGUGCUCUCAUAUUAAUUAAGUUAAGGUUCUGAAGCCAACAUCCUUCCAAUUAAUUAAUUUCUGGAAGAAUGCAAUGCACAUCACAGUCUAAUUUGUUUAAUGUUUAAAAUAUGAGCUGUUGGCAACAUAGCAAUUACGGUGUGUUGGUCAAAUCCGCCAAAGAUAAGAGACUAAACUUUUUUGAUUAACUACACUUCGCCUCUGUCGGUCGUCUCCGCCCGCUCGAUCUUCCACGACAAAUUCUCGAUCUCGGCCUCCAGCUGCGCCUGCUGAUACUCGAACAACUCCUUCCGCGGCCCGGGGUCCAUAUAAUAAGCAAACGGAUACGUGUACUGCAAAGUAUACCGACACUUCGCCAGCAAACCGGCCGCGCUGAACAAAUACUGCCAAUCAAUCCACGUACCCAAACCGGACAUCACCUUCUGAUUUAUCCGGCUACGCAGCUUCUCCAACGUCUGCUCCUCCAGCUUCAACGACUUCGAAUGGUUCUCCCAUCGCUCGUAGUAGUGCAGGUACUUUUUCAACGCCUCCCGCGCCUGGAACAACACGUUCU